AUGCCCGGGGAAGUGUUUUUCCUAAUUUUUGUUAACGCUGCUCUGAACUCUGCCUCAAUGAAAGGCUGGUCCAGCGGAUGUGGAGUUCGGGGACCCAGUAGCAGCGAAGCUGGCAAUGCUGGAGGAACCGAGACCAACGGGGACGCCGCUUCUGGUGCAAAGAGACGAGGUGUGCACCGGAUUGUGGGCGGCAAAGACGCCGAGCGGAUUGAGUUCCCCUGGCAGAUAUCUCUGCGCCGAAAACUUCCCCUGAUAAAUACAGAUCGGGGCCACACCUGCGGCGGUUCCAUCAUCAGCGAGCAAUACGUCGUGACGGCGGCACACUGCGUUGAUGGGCUCUUCACGUUCCCAUCAAAUUACAAAGUGAUGGUCGGCGACCAGAACAUCAAUGCAAAAGACGACACCGAGGACGGCUUUGAAGUGGAACAGAUCACAAAACAUCCAGAUUGGGACAGGGAUGCACUGAACUACGACUACGCCGUCUUGAAGCUGAAGACUCCGCUGGACUUCACCGAUAAGCACAAGCACCUGAUGCCCAUCUGCUUACCUGAGAAGGACCAGAGCUUCGAAGGGAAGACUUGCACCGCCAGCGGGUGGGGACUAACCAAAGACCGCAGCGAGGGAGGUACGACCCUGCCUGCCAAGCUCCAGAAAGCCGACCUGCCGAUCGUAGACCACAGCGUGUGCAAGGAAUACUACGAGGGCAUCAACGAAGUGUACGACAACACCAUGAUUUGCGCAGGUCCUGCCGAAGGCGGCAAGGGAGUUUGUCAGGGCGAUUCCGGCGGACCCUUGCAGUGUGCGAGGCCUGACGGCCACUACGUCCUGGCCGGUGCCACGUCUUGGGGAGUCAAGUGCGCGGGCGAGAAGAUGCCCGGCGUGUUCGCAAGAAUAGCCACCCAGGUGGACUGGAUCAAAGAAGUCGCUGGGAUGACCACGUAG